AUGGUAGCAAAACGAACGUUGAGUACUGAAAACGAAGCCGUUGAGUACCUGGAGGUGAAACAAAGCAGUUCCGAGGCUUACGAGAAACCAAUUGAAUAUUUUGAAAAGUCGUUUGGUGAUGGCAUUCUUGUACUGGAUCAUGAUGACAACAAUAGUGUACACUCAACCAAACACUCUUACCUGCUAAUGAGAGGUGUCGAAAGCUUUGACUGCAAACGUAAGGACCUUGACAAUUUAGGAUGUGUUGUGAUUGUUGUCGGGGUUGAUGUGUCUGUAUUAAAGAAGGCACUCUACGCUGUUACCCACGGCAUCCCGGUGGUUUUCAUACAAGGAUCGGGAUCAGAAGCUGACUUGAUUGCAGCAUGCAUUAAUCAAAAUGAACGUUCGACCGACAAUGCCAAAGAAGAAUGCGUCCAUUUGCUCAAAGACAUUCUCGAAGAAACAAAAUAUGUAAACAUUUACUCUCAAUCAGAAACGACUGACAUACAAUAUGCCAUUCUAUUAGCUCUCAAGAAAGCACACCAUAGCACUUCGAAAUUGCUGCUAUCUCUUGCUUGGAGAUGGAACAAAUUCGAUUUUGCUCAAAACGAGAUACAGUUUCCAGAUCCGAUGUCUGCACGCGAUGAAAUCACAUCUUUGACACAUGUGACCAAUGUCACACUUGCUGAUACCCUGUUGGAAACAUUGGGCAAUGAUCAAGCGGACUUUGUCGAACUGCUGCUUCGAACAGAACUGAACGUAAACUACGAAGGUUUGGAGAAAGUAUAUAGCGAUGUGCUGGGUGGCAAUGCAGUAAGUGACCCAAUGAAACUGUUUAUUCAAAAACAGCUGCACUGGACACAGCUUAAUGAAGACACAUUUCGGUCAAGAAUGCCAUCUGAAUUUCCACUGUUGUCGAGGUUUGGAAACCUCUUGAAUGCUCAGCUCAACAAUAUGUGCAACCCGUAUACCGGUGAGUUAGAUAUAUGA